GAUAGAGAGAGCACAUGGUAAAGAUAAACAAUGUUGAAAGACUUAGGAAUUCUGAUUGGCAUAAAGACGAGCCAUGAUUCCAGAGAACUAUUGAAGAAACAAGCUACCUACCUCCUCAAAGAAAGGUCUUGCAAUGCUGCUGCUGCUCCUGCUCUGUCUCCUGCUCCUUGCUCUGGCCCUUCACAGCAGGGGCCCAAAGGGCUCUCGGGGCCAGCUGCCCCCUGGCCCCACACCCCUACCAGUGCUGGGAAACCUGCUACAGCUCGGCCCUUCCAAUAUGGACAAACGACUCAUAGAGCUGAGCUGGCGCUACGGGUCUGUGUUCACGGUGCACUUGGGCCCGCAGCCAUUCGUGGUGCUGAGUGGAGCGGGUGCUCUCAGAGAAGCUCUGCUUCUGCAGGCAGACGCCUUCGGUGGUCGCGGCGGCAUGGCCUCUUUUGAGCGCUGCACCCAAGGCAAAGGAAUCCUGUUCUCCAAUGGCCACCUUUGGCACACACUCCGAACCUUUACCGUGGGAGCCCUGAAGAAGCUGGGGCUGGGCAGCCGGAGCCUUGCUGAACGGAUCCAAGAUGAAGCAGUUGCCCUCAUUCAGGAGCUCAGUCUCACCAAAGAAGCCCCAUUUAACCCCCUCUACCACAUUCACAAUGCUGUGGCCAACGUCAUCUGCUCUGUAGUGUUUGGGGAGCGAUAUGCUUAUGACGACCCUGAUUUCCGGACCCUACUGGACUUGCUGAACAACAACUUCCAAAUCUUAAGUUCCCAAUGGGGCCAGAUGUACAACAUUUUCCCCUCCUUCCUGGACUGGAUCCCUGGUCCCCAUCACCGCAUCUUCAGUAAUUUCAAGAAGUUACAGGCUUUCAUUUCUAAGGAGAUCAAGAAACAUGAGGAGAACAGACAGCCUGAAGAGCCCCAAAACUUCAUUGACUUCUUCCUGGACCAAAUGGAGAAGGAGAAGCAGGAGCCCGGGAGCCACUUCAACAAAGAGACACUGGUGAUGACGACCCACAACCUGUUCUUUGGUGGCACUCAGACCACAAGCACCACCAUCUACUAUGGACUCCUGAUCUUACUCAAAUAUCCCCAUGUGACAGAGAAGAUCCAGGAGGAGAUUGACACGAUGGUGGGUCGAGAACGGCCUCCCUCCCUGCAAGACAGAGCGCAUCUACCCUACACCAACGCUGCCAUCCAUGAGAUCCAACGUUUCAUCAGUGUGGUGCCCAUGGGUCUUCCCCAUGUUCUCACCCAGGACACCCACUUUCGUGGCCACUUCCUACUCAAGGGUACCGCCAUCCUUCCAUUACUGAUCUCUGCACACCGGGACCCAACCCAGUUCAAGGACCCAGAAAAUUUCAACCCAAACAACUUCCUGGAUGAUAAGGGGGCCUUCCAAAACAAUGAAGCCUUCAUGCCCUUUGCCCUAGGAAAACGCAUCUGCCUCGGGGCAGGCCUGGCUCGCAUGGAGAUCUUCCUCUUCCUCACCACCAUCCUACAGAAUUUCACCCUAUGUACUAUGAAGAAGCCUGAAGAGAUAGACCUCUCCCCCAAGUCCACAGGCCUGGGCAAUGUGUCCCCACCCUAUGAGCUCCGCCUGAAAGUCCGUUGAGCCCCUGUCCAAGGUGCUGUCACACACACCUCCCCCACCUCACCAGCUCUUGUGUCUCUCAUCCAAUAAAACCCCACAGUUAGAGCAAA